CCUAUUCGUUCGUUCGUUCUCUCAGCCACAAACGCCAACGCCCCAUAUCCUUCCGCCACUGGGCGGGUGCUCUUCGCCUCUCGUGCGCCAAACACGAACCCCGUCCUUCUCCUUCAGGCACACCGGCUUCUCCUUCGAUCUCUUUCUUUGUCAUCGGAUCUCCGAACCCAACUGCGAUGCCGGGCACCAUCCAAGUCUCAGUUCUUGAGUUGAUGGAACCUCCUCCAUCUGCUUCGCCAGCACUAACCGACGCGAAGACGAGAUCUCUCUCUUUGAAAGUUACCGCGGGAAAGAGGGAGUACCAAACAGUGGGGAAGAUGGACAUCACAUUCCCAGUUGUGUCUCUGAGGGAGAACCUGGUGGUGAUGCUGUACAGUUUAGACGGGAAUUUGUUGUCACGAAUAGAGUUCAAGACAUUGUCAGUGGUUGAAAGGGGGAUGCUGGAUGAUACGUUUCCUCUUGAAGGUGGUGGCACUGUCCGUGUGAGGCUGCAGUUCUUACUCAGCGAAGAGGAACGCCUGAGGAUCCAUGAACUGAGGAACUCUACACUUAGACGGAAACAUGGGGAGAUGCUCAAGGAAGGCCUUGAGAGUAAUAUUUAUGUUACAGAUGAGUACAGUAAUCCAUCAAUCACCCAAGGUCUUGAAAAGCACUCCCGGGACUCUGAGAAUGACACCUGUAAAUUAAGUGUUACAGAUAAAGGAAAAAGCAAGAGAAUAUCAGCUAUAAAAGGUUUUCAAGAAAGGGACACCAUCCCAGAAGAUAGUUCAGAUCUUCAUAGAGAACUUGCAGCAUCUCUAGGACCAAGAAAUGCUAGGGAAGAAAUCAUUCCCUUCUCUAUUGAGUUGAAAGACCAUAUUCAAAGGAAUGAGAAGAAUCCUUUGGCAAGAAGCACAAGAAGCAACAUUUGGAAAAUGAUAAGUGCCUUUGAAAAUAGCCUAUCUCAGGGACUAGGACAUCCUGUUGACUCAGGUAUAUUAUCGGUUGGAAAGAAUCAAAAUGAACAAUCUUUGAAAAGAAUAUCUUCAGAAGAAAGCAUGGAGAAAAAAUUCUUUGGCCAAACCAUGGCUAAGUCAUUUUCUGCAGAGACGCUUUCUGAUAACAGUUUACAAGACAACUUGAAAAUUCCUGAACGACCACAUCAUGAGAAGAAGGAAGGAAGAGACAUAGAUAAUGCCACCAAGUUGGAAGACAUGGUAAAUUACAAUCAAAUUUUGGAUUUUGAGAAAAAGGUCAAGAACAAAGGAUCGGAUCAGAAAAAUAAAUCUCUGCAUGCUGCACUGUGUCAAACUUCUGAAAGCAUAAUUAAAGUUCAAAAACCAAUCAUGACUGACGACAACAUCUGUUUAGGUGGAUCUAUAGAACAAAUGAAUGUUCAAAAACUGAAGGCCAUAUAUGCUGGACAUGAUCCAUGUAACGAGGCAAAACCAAGGACGGAUAAAGCACAUGCCUGCUAUAUGGCAACCGAUCAGAAUGUUGGCAAUGAAGUAAACGUAUUUCUGCAUAAAAAUCAAAAUGAAAAUCGCAAAUUUCAGAAGGAAACUAACCGAUCAAGAAGUAUAACUUCUGAGGCUGUCAAUGUUGAUCCUUGUAGUACCAGGACAUACCAACAAGAGUGCUUGAUUAAUGCAGCUCCAGAGGACUUCUACUGUAUAUCCUGCAGAGGUCAUUAUGAAGAACUAGUGUCUGGGAAUUCAUUUGAAUCAAUAGGACUUUUUUAUACUCAGACAGAAGAGUAUCUGUGGGGCACACUUGGUAUCUGGGCACCACGUCACCUGUGCAUUACCACUGGAAGCAAACAAUUGAGAAAUCUUCUUGAAAGCUGCAGGAUAUGUCUAAGAUCAUUGUCAGCGGAGGACAAGUCCAUGGACCGAAACAUACAUGAGGAUUACCAACGCAACUCAAAAGAUUACGCCAAUGGUGGGCUCUCAUACAUUGAAAAGAUGUUUAGUGAUUCAUCCGUUUCAGUGACAAAAAAUGAGAUUGUGUCACGCAGUCCACGAAAACUGAACCAUGAAAACUUGGUCAGCACAUCAAAUUCGAAUGGAAGGCUGAUCGACCAGGGAGUACGAAUCAUUAUCGUAAUAAUUGCUUGUGGGACACUUCUGCUGCGUGCCAUAUAAGGAAAUCUGAGGACCUUGUACAUCUGCUGGAUUUUUUUCUCUGGCAAUGUAUCAGCCAAGAGCAAGAUUGCCAUUGGUAUACCGAGAACAAGAUGAAUAGAAGAAAGGCAGGAGAUUGCAAGAGUAACAAAACGGGUGGAUUUCUUUCCUUUUUUUCCUCCAAGGUGAUGUACAUAAGAAUGGUGGGGAAUCGCAGAGAGUAACAAAACGAAAAACAAAAUCGGAGAUUUUUUAAAGACCCAUACCCUGUGAGAUUUUACAGCAGUUCUUUUGGGGGAUAAAAGUAGGAUGUUUGUAUGCUACCCAUCAAUAAAAGUUCCUUUUUACUGAAAAAAAAA